AUGGGGAUUUACUCAAGUCACAUAAUAUAUCUAUUGUUUAUCAUAGCAUCUCCUGCUACCAAUGGUCGUCUUUAUCAAAGACAAUUUGGCCUGAAAUCAUUUGGUUCUUUAACAGAAGAUGUUAAAAUAUUGUUUUCGGAUGAAGGCAACACAUUCGCUGACACCAUCAACAAAUGCACCAAAUUUUGCUCUGGCGAUAGGAGAUGCAUUGGAAUUGAGUUGUGUACAAUAAAGGAAGAUCGGUACAGAUGUAGAGCCUGCUGUGAGUGGAAAAGGAUAAGGACAAAGUCAAAUCUGACUGUUGAUUCACAGCAGUGCAAGUAUCUGGAAAUGGCAGAUGACAGAUCGUCUAACGUAGCCGUCAACAAGCCAGCGAGUAUGAUCUCUGCAUUCAAUCCUGACUACCAUUUCGCCUCGAACGCUGUGGAUGGCAUCACUGUUUGUCCAAAUGGUCUCUAUACUAUACACACUGAUGUCGAAUUCAUGCCAUGGAUAAAAAUAGACUUACAGAACAUAGCUGACGUGAUACGAGUUAUUGUUUUCAACAGGCAGGAUAAUAAUGUUGGAGAAAAUGGAACAAUCCAUACAUGCGGCUUCUUUCAAGGCCCUGCAACUUCGGGAGAUCGCAUCAUCGUGUUAUGUGCUUCUGGUACCACAGGAAAUGACGUCACACUCAUGAUCCAAAGUCGUCAAGGGGAAACCGAUAUUUUGCACGUUUGUGAAGUCCAGAUCUUUGUAGAGACAUGA